AUGUUGAAAGGUGCUGAAGAACUUAAGAAGGAGCUUGAAUUCUCCAAGAAAGAGUUUGAUAUAAAUAUAAAUCAGAAGGAUAAGGAGUUUGUAUCGAAGGUGAAAGUGUUGGUUGUCAAGAGAGAAGAAUUAGAGAGAAAGGUAGAGGAAAGAGAUGACUUAAAGGAUCAAAUUGAUGAUCUUGAGAACAAAACCGAAACAUUUACGACUGUGUCAGUUUUGGAGGCUAGAUUGAUAAUGGUGGAGUAUGUUGAGAAGACUAGGGUUGAAUACUGGAUCAAGACCAAGUGGGAUCAAUCUAUGAAGAAGUUCAAUGGUUAA